AUGGCUUCUGUUCAGUGGCACUCCCGGGUACGCAAAUAUGAAGCAGAGGUGCAGUACUGUCGUUCAGAGACCGUACCCGUGGAAUUUGGGGACUAUCAUCCGCUGAAACCCAUCACUGUAACAGAUUCCAAAUCCCGGAAGAGUGGUCGUAAAGGCAGCACCUCUUCUUCCUCAUCUUCCUCUAGCUCUGUGGCCCUUGACCCUCUCACCUCCAUACUUGAUGGCACGGAUCCACUCUCGCUCUUUGCUGCUGCAUCCGCCAGCGAGGCCCCAACUCUGUCCCACAGUGCCUCAGCAGGGGAGCUGGGUAGAAAACGAAGAGAGAAAGAAGAGGAGGUCGGGACAGACUUUGAGCCUUGGUCAACCAAACGUGGAGAGAUCCUCGCAAGGUUCACCACAACUGAGAAACUGUCUAUUAACCUCUUCAUGGGCUCAGAAAAAAGCAAGGCCACCAGCCCAAGCUCUGCAGUCUCAGAAAAGGUGCGGACUCGCCUCGAGGAACUCGAUGACCUGGAAGAGGGAUCUCAAAGGGAGAUGCUGAACUUGUCACAGCAGGACUAUGUGAAUCGUAUUGAAGAGUUGAAUCAGUCGCUAAAGGAAGCCUGGGCCUCAGAUCAGAAGGUCAAAGCCCUCAAAAUAGUCAUCCAGUGCUCCAAACUCCUCUCAGAUACAUCUGUGAUUCGGUUUUACCCCAGCAAGUUUGUACUCAUAACGGAUAUUCUAGACACUUUUGGACGGCUGGUUUAUGAGAGAAUAUGGUCCAUGUGUUCUGACCCACGUCCUCUAACAGACUCCUUCUCUGUGGAAGAUGUCAAUGACACGGCGAAGGAGACCUGCCUCAACUGGUUCUUCAAAAUUGCCUCCAUCAGAGAACUCAUCCCCCGACUAUAUGUUGAAGCUGCCAUUCUUAAAUGCAAUCGCUUCUUAUCCAAGACUGGGAUUCAGGAGACUUUACCUCGCCUUACAGCCAUGAUUCGGGGGAUAGGGGACCCACUGGUGGCUGUCUAUGCUCGUGCCUAUCUCUGCAGGGUGGGAAUGGAAGUAGCCCCUCACCUGAAAGACAGUCUGAAUAAGAACUUUUUUGACCUGCUAGCCUCAUUCCGUCAAAUCCACAGCGACAGCGUCCAGAACCAGCUGGUUCUGCAGAGAGUGGAGAUUCCUGUCUACCUGACACUCUACUCCCCUGCUAUCCACUGGAUCUUACAGUGUGUGUCUUACAGAGCACCUGAGGCCUUGCUGACAGAAAUGAUGGAGAGAUGCAAAAAGCUGGGCAAUAAUGCACUGCUGCUGAACUCAGUGAUGUGGGCUUUCCGAGCAGAGUUCGUUGCUGCAAGGGCCACUGAUUUCAUUGGCAUGAUCAAAGACUGUGAUGAAGCAGGAUUCCCAAAGCACCUGUUGUUUGGAUCACUGGGCCGUAGUCUGGCCUGUGCCGAUCCUCCAGAGAAUGAGAAGCUGCCUAUUCUUAAUGAGGCAUGGAAGGUCAUCACCAAAGUGCGCAGUCCCCAGGAUUACAUUAACUGCGCUGAGAUUUGGGUGGAAUUCACUUGUCGUCAUUUCACAAAACGGGAGGUCAAUACUGUUCUUGCUGACAUCAUCAAACACAUGACCCCAGAUCGUGCCUUUGAGGACGCUUAUCCACAGUUACAGUCAGUGAUAAAGAAAAUCCUGGCCUACUUCCAUGACUUCUCUGUGCUCUUCUCAAUGGAGCGAUUCCUGCCGUUCUUGGACAUGUUCCAGAAAGACAGUGUAAGAGUGGAGGUGUGCAAGUCCAUCAUGGAGGUCUUCAUCAAGCAUCAGCAAGAGCCAACAAGGGACCCUGUGAUCCUCAAUGCCUUGCUGUACAUCUGUAAGACUAUGCAUGACUCCGUCAAUGCUUUAACUCUAGAUGAUGAGAGGAGAUCAUUAGCACUACUGAUCAACGGCUUCAUUCGCAUGGUGUCAUUCGGACGCGACUUUGAGCAACAGCUAAGUUUUUGUGUGGAGGCCAGAGCGACUUUCUGUAACUUGGAGCCUGUCAUUAUCCAGCUCAUCCAUACUGUCAACCAGCUGGCGAUGGAGACCAGGCGAGUAAUGAAAGGAAACCAUUCACGCAAGACAGCCGCCUUUGUUAGGGCUUGUGCUGCAUACAGCUUCAUCACCAUUCCUUCCCUCACCAGUAUUUUCAGCCGCCUCAACCUGUACCUGCUCUCAGGACAGGUUGCGCUAGCCAAUCAGUGCCUUUCCCAGGCGGAUGCGUUUUUGAAGACAGCAGUCAGUAUUUUACCCGAGGUGCCACGCACUAUAAGUAUUGAGGGCAAAUUGCGCUCCUCCGAAAGUUUCCUACUUGACUUCAUCAACAACUUCCUCUCCACAUUGCUUGUGGUGCCGGACCACCCAGAGCAGGGAGUGUUGUACCUGGUACGGGGCCUUUUGAACAUGGUGCAGGACUACACAUGGGAGGACAACAGUGAUGCUAAAAUCCGUGUCUACAUAAGUGCUUUGCCAUUACUUGCAGCACUGAGUCAGGAGAGUUACCUUUACACUGUUCCCAAAGUGGAUUCAAAUGAGACACUUUAUGGAGGAGAUCCAAAGUUUGUUGCCGAGAUUAACAAGUUAUGUGAGACGCUGAUUGGGCAAGUGCUGGACCAUCUGAAGAGCCUGGGGCGAGAUGAGGGUUUGCGUCGACAAAGCAGCCUGGCCUUCUCUCUUUUUGGAUGUCUGCUGGCACAUGGAGACUUGCGUAACAACAAACUCAACCAGCUGGCCGUCAAUCUGUGGAACCUCAGCCACAAGCACGGUUACUGUGAAACACGCACCUCGGUUCGCACACUGGAGUACAUUAAACAUCAAGCCCUGCAGCAAGAUAUGGCACAUCUCUCAGAAAUGUUGCUACGACUUUCUCUGCAGUCCAGAGCAUGAGAAAAAGGUUUCGGCCUGCGCUCUCAACUUCCUCUCAUCUUCAGGCAUUGUCUCUGUAAACGCUCCUCUGCAAUAAUCGUUUAGUGUCUCCUUAGACCUCUGCAAUCCGGAAAGGAACAUCACUUUCGGUCACGGUUGUCUCUCUGCCGUCAUGAGAGAAGUAUUUGCUCAUUUUCAGUUUUGAAAAAGACUAUAGACUCAUAUUAAUUCAGCGACUUUCUUCUGUUCUUAUUACCAUAGCUAAAUGACUGGAUACCUACAUCUGCAGAAAGCUUCCCCUCAGUUCUUUUCACUAGAGCAUGGUCAUGUAGUCACAUGGGAGCCAUUACAGCGAGCCAAUUAUCCCUUGGUAAACAAUGAAGAAUGUACACGUGGAGGCUUUCUCAUUGGACGUUUCCUUGUUUGAUUCCACUUUCAUUCUGUAAUUCCUUUUUGUAUAGUGAAACAUUAAACGUUAUGAAACAAAAA